CAUUGACACAGAAUCAUGUUGCUCCUACGACCUUUUCCAAUUCUACUUCUCACUUUUUUCGCCAUAUUCGCACUCGCCACUGCCGGCCUACUCCUUCACCGCCUCACCGCCUACGACAAACCACACUGCGCGGGUUGCAUCGGCUAUGCUCUGAAAGUAAACAGUAUGAUCGACGACGCUGGGGAUAAUGUCCGCGGAAAUGCGCAAUUCUUCCGAUACGCAGUGGAUAAGGCCUGUGCUGGCCGGUUGUUGAAUGGUGGCCGAUGUCUGGAGCACCGCAGAGGGCUUCUCAGGGAUAAAGCGAGAUAUUUUUACGGAAUUGAGGAUCCAUAUGCGGCUUGUCGGGCUAUCAGCGCCUGCUAGUGCGAGUGGGCGCUUGGUGUACAUAUACAGUGUACGGGAUGCUGCCGGCUUCUGCGAUUAAGGAUCGGGAGCUACGCGUUGGUCUGGAUGCUCUGGAAAGGACAACGACAGAUGGUAUACCGCGGGGCUUUCAUGUCUAGCAACAACCCAAUGAUAUCAUAGAUACUAUAGCUUCGAAAACUCAACGGUUCGGACCGGUCCGUCAACCCUACUACCACGACAGCUGCGUCAGUAAAUCAAGCAUCCUCCGCUCCUCCGCUG